UAAGCGAGCUGAAAAGUUGAGACGCCACUUAACCGCCGCACCUUGUGUGAGCUUCACUCAAUUAAUUACAAUGUCUUGGUGGGUUCGUGUAGUCAGUACGCUGGUGUUCACUGCAAUUUAUAUCGACGCGGAAGUUGCACUGAAUCAGCCAUCUUCGAAAUCAAAAUCUCCGGGGCAGAAUGCUCAAAUGACUUGCACCUUGUCUGGAACCUCUUUAGGAAGUAGCAAUAUUUACUGGUACCAGCAGAUUCCCGGAAAAGUUCCUCGGUAUCUGUUCUACUAUUAUUCGGGGAGCAGCAUUAGAAGAGGCUCCGGAGUUCCGAACCGUUUCGGCGGCUCAAUAUCCGGCAACACGGCAACAUUGACAAUAUCGAGCGUCCAGUCGGAGGAUGCGGCAGACUAUUACUGUGCUGUCUGGAAAAAUAAUGUUUGCAUCUUCGGCAAAGGAACGAGGCUGGCCAUUGGCAAUCCUCGUGCUCCUGCCGUCUCCGUUCUCCGACCUUCAGCGCAAGAAAUCACAGGAAAAGGCACAGCGACGCUGGUGUGUUUGGUGAGCCGUUUUAAUCCGGGCGCAGUGGACAUUGAAUGGAGCAUGGACGGUCGACCGAGAAGGGAUGGCGUGGAGACGAGCCCUGUCCAGCAGGAGACGGACAACACGUUCAGUGCGAGCAGUUACCUGACUCUACCAGCCUCAGAAUGGAACUCACACGAGCGUUACUCCUGUGUGGUUAAACACGAGAGUCAAGCAAACCCUCUUGAAGAAACGAUCGCGAGAUCCGGCUGUAUCUAAAACUAUAUUUAAAACUCUAUCAAAAUGAAAAGCUUAUUUUCCCAGUCUUUUUCUUCAUUAAAAUGAUUUUGAACCAUUA